UGGCCAGUUGACUGGCAACUGCCGUUUUGCUUGCACUUGCCUCCUCCGCGGGCUGCUAAUCGUGAGCCAUUGGUUUAUCGCUCCUUAUAGCUAGAAGUAGAUUAUGUACAAAUAUCAAAGCCCAACGUCUGAGCGAAUCCUCGAGAAACCCGACGCCGAGAUGAAGUUUCGUGGCAAUGGAAAGCUUUUGUGGAAUUUGACCAAGAACUCCUUCGCCCAACAGUCUCCAAAUGGGAUCGCCAAGAAAGUGCUGCCCGCCAGCAGCUACAGCACCGUCCAAAAGACCAUUCCCUUGGAGCAGCCGAAUCUGCUGAAGUACCACGUCCUGCCGCUGGAGGAAACGCUAAACCGCUUCAUGACCACGGUGGAACCUCUGCUGACGCCGGAGGAGUUUCAACAGCAAAAGGGAAUUACCUCCGAGUUUUUGAAGAAGCAGGGACGCGAACUGCAGCUGCUCCUGGAAGAAACCGGCAGCAAGGAGAAGAAUUGGCUGGCCCACCGCUGGCUGAAGGCUGCCUAUUUGACCUAUCGAGACCCAGUCACCGUGUUCGUGAGUCCCGGCAUGACCUUCCCCAAGCAAAACUUCAGGGACUCACGCGCUUUCGUGGACUAUACCGCCAGGGUUAUCUAUGGCCUGGGCGAAUUCAACGACAUGGUGCACGCCAACCAAAUUCCGAUCGUUAAAAUGGGCAAGAACGAGCUGGACAACAGCCAGUUUGGCAAGGUUUUCGGCACAUGUCGUAUUCCCAGACGGGGCACCGACGAGAUCGUAUACAAUCCCGACUCCGAUUAUGUGGUGGUGAUCUACAAGAAUCACUUCUACCAACUGAAGAUAUACAGUAAGGAGGGAAAGCUCAUUGCUGCUCCAUGUCUAGCUGCUCAACUCGAGAAUAUCUUGUUGAAGGAAACGCAAGUGGGAGUACCUUAUGGUAUUCUGACCACCGACUCCAGGGACAAUUGGGCCGAAGCCUACGAGUAUCUGGCUGAGACUCCUGGCAACCGGGACGCCCUCAAGACCAUACAGAGUGCUCUGUUCACCGUCUCACUCGAUGAGGGUACUAGCCUAAAGGACGGCGAAGAGACUGACGAACUUAUUCUAUCGCUGAUCCAUGGCAGUGGCAGCAAGAGGAACAGCGGCAACCGCUGGAUGGACAAGACUAUUCAGCUGGUGGUAAACCCCAAUGGAAACGUCGGAUUCACCUAUGAGCACUCGCCGGCUGAGGGCCAGCCCAUUGCGAUGAUGAUGGACUACGUGGUGCAAAAGAUGAAGGAAGACCCUAGCUUCGGGCAAACUGGCUCACAGGACUUUGCUCCCGCACAGAAAAUUCAGUUCUCUUCGGGCAAUAAAAGUCUAGAGAAAUCUUUGAACGUCGCCCAGGCAAACGUGGACAAACUUGCCGAUGCUCUCCAAAUGAAGGUUCUGAAAUUCACCGGCUUCGGAAAGGAUUUCAUAAAGAAACAGCGUCUGGGUCCGGACAGCUUUGUUCAGAUGGCUCUUCAGCUCGCCUUCUACAAAAUGCACUCGGAACCGCCGGCGCAAUAUGAGUCGGCUCAUCUGCGCAUAUUCGACGGCGGACGAACCGAAACCAUACGCUCUUGCUCCAACGAAUCCCUGGCAUUUUCCCGCGCUAUGCAGGACCCAAAUGCUACCGAUCAGGAACGCGCCGCUAAGCUUCGUGAGGCAGUAGUGUCUCAUCAGACAUAUGCUAAGCUGGCUCUUCAGGGAAAGGGUGUUGAUCGACACCUGCUUGGACUGAAGCUGAUGGCUCAGGAGCAUAGCAAGCCUAUUCCCGAGUUCUUUAAGUCUCCAGGCUUUGUCAAGUCGAGUCACUUCCGCAUGUCCACCUCACAGGUAGCCACUAAAUACGAUGCUUUCAUGGGUUACGGCCCGGCGACUGACGAUGGUUAUGCCUGCUGCUACAAUCCUCGGGAUAAUGAUAUCAUAUUGGCCAUAUCCGCUUGGCGCCAUUGCCCAAUAACGGAUCACUUGAAGUUCGCCAAGACCCUCGAGCAAUCCUUUUUCGAAAUGAAGAAUGUUCUCGAGAAGAACCCGCCUGAGAUAAAGUCGAAGUUGUAAAAAUGUACCAGAGUAAUAAAAUUUAUCAGAGAUUAAA